AUCAUGAGGUAGAUCAUGCCUAGCCUGCAACAAUACCUAAAUGUUCAUUUGAGCAUCACUCAAAAUUUCAUCACUUCUGCAAGAGAGCGUAUUAAAAAGAGGCACGAGCUCCUCCUCUUGACAACAGCACAGGAGCGAGACACGCGCGCACAGGCACACAUGGCAACCCGCGAGUUUAUCCUCACAGUUUUAGUGCUAUACAGCAGCGCAGCAUCAUUGGUGCUCGCUCAAAAUGAGACCACGUACCUGCGCGAGCUUCCCUCUGGCCAGAAAUUGCUGUGCAACCGCUGCCCUCCAGGUUUCCAUCUGCGGACGCACUGCACGGAGACGCAGCCUACCGCGUGCCAGCCGUGCGAUGUGGGAUUCUACACUGCGUACUGGAACUACAUCUCCGAUUGUCUACCAUGCAGCUGGUGUUCUUCUGAUCAUGUCGUGGUCCAGGAGUGCACAAGGUCCAGUAACCGUGUGUGUGAGUGCAAGAAAGGCUUUUACCGGGACUCGAAAUUCUCGAACAUCUGCCGGCCGCAUACGGUGUGUCCAAGCGGAUACGGAGUCAAAGAAAAAGGGACUCCAAACAGUGACACAGUGUGUGAGGUUUGCAAGAGCGGAUACUACUCAGCCGGACAACCAGGAAACACUCAGUGUGUUCCACACACAGAGUGCAGAUCAGAAGAGAAGCUUCUGUUCCACGGCACCAACUAUGUGGACAAUGUGUGUGUUACCUGCAACAGUAUCACAGAUGAUGGUUGGGUAAAACUCAUCAACCAGCCCUUUAUAGAAAUCUUCAAGAAUCACAAUACUCGGAAGCUACAUCGCUUCGUUAUGUCCUUAACAAGGUCAAUGAAUGGUCAUGUAUGCCGGCCUGUCACAGAUCAUGACUGGAUUCUGCUGCUGCGGCAGUGUCUUAGUGUGGCUACAAAGCAGCAGAUCAGCAGCCUUCCCAAACAGCUGCACGAGUUCGGUUUGAAGAACCUAGCCACCAAUAUGGAGCAGAGAAUUAAGAGGAUCCAAGAUGAAGUCCAUCUGUGCAGAAACACUUUAAUUUAAUUCUCUUCCAUCUUUGAAGCCUCCGUUCCUUCAUGUACACAUUUUAUUUUAUUGCACAUAUAUAUUUAUGGAUAAAAUAGUCAAAACUUGAUGAAGUGAAACUCACAAGUCUCGUGACUGCAUAUUAAUAAGAGUGUGCGUGAGAUAUUAUCAUUGGUCAGCAUUACACUGAGGGGCGGAGUUAAGUUUUUAGAUUAGAUAGAUAAAUCUGAAAUCAUAAAAAGGCACUGAAAUUUUUUUUUAGUUUGUCAUUCUGUGUUUCAUGACUUUUUUUUUUUGCCUAUUUUCAAGUCUUGUAUGUUUUUUAUUUAUGUUUUAUUUUUUUUAAAUGUCUGCGCAUUAAUUUAAAAAAAAAAAAAAAUUCUAGCUACAUGUGAGGUGCUAGAGAUCUAGACAUCUCACAGAGACCCGCUUGUACAUUAUGUUGUACAGAUAAAACAUAAAUGAUAUGCUCUUAUUGCUUUUGGACUGUGUCAAUAAUGUAUUAUUUUUUUCAAAGGUACUUUUUUUAAAAUAAUAAUUUGUCAAACUACCUGCCUCAUGCAACAUAAUUACCUCUUAUCGUUUUUUUCAGCAUCGUUGCUCCAAGAAUGAAACAGUUUAUAUUUCAGUGAAAGGUCAUGAAACCUGCAAAGUAAUAAAAUAUACAAAAGUAGUGACUUUCUGGAAGCAGUGUUAUUGUUAUCAGUUAUUCACUGAAAAUCACUCUGUCUAGUCAGAUGAUUGCAUGGCUCCAUCUCUUAUGGGGGGGGGGGGGGGGGGGGGGGGGGGGUGUUGUUAUGGCUGUAUGCAGGUUCAGACAGGGGUUACUAGAAUUUGAUUUGAGAUUCACAGUGUUCAGGUAUGUAACAUGCAGAAGAGAUGUAUUAUUAGAUUAAAAUGGCUGUGUCAAAUGUAAUCCAAGUAUAAAGUUGAAAUAACAGUGCAGAUAAAUAGCAGGUGGUUCAUGUACAGGAAAAGAUAAGUGAUAAGCUUCAGGUCAAGUUGGAGGUUAGGUAUUUAAAGUGUAGAAGUGGGUGUGCCAAAGGGGAAGAUUAGGAGGAGAGUGUUGUUCACAGUGUGUGUUGUGUGAGCAGCUUGACUGCCUGUGGGAAGAAGGUAGUUUUGUGGACCUGAUUAGUAUAUUCUGGGAUCACUUUCUAGAUGACGUAGGGUUGAACAGGAUGUGGCUGGGGUGAGUAAGGUCUGAAAUGUUGCAUGUGUCAUCUUUUGCUGCAGGUGUCUCACACCAGAGGCAGAGUGGCUCCUGUGAUGGUCUGAGCAGUAUUUACUACUCACUGCAUAGGCUUGCAGUCAGAGACAGUAGAUCUGACGUACCAGACCAUGAUGCAGCUGGUUAGUAUGCUCUCCACUGAGCAGCUGUAGAAGCUGGUCAGGAGCCUGGGGGACAAGCUGACUUUUCUCAGUCUCCUUAAAAAAAAAAUGGAGGCACUGUUGAGCAAUUGGAUGGUGGUCAUUCAGGUCUGGUUGGCACAUGCUCUACAUACACAGCCAGUCGAUGACGUCUGGUCCAGUGGCUUUGCAUGUGUGUACUCUCAUCAGCGUUCUUCUUACCUCAUCUGUAGACAGUGAGAGUUCCUGGUCCUGUGUGGUGGCUGAGGUUGCUUCUGCUUGCUCAGGGUAGUGGCUUUUGAAACAUGACUUCGAGUCAUGCUGUUAAAAGUUGAUUAGAAAGUUGAUUAGUUUCCAAUAACAACACAUCCUGAUGUGUUUUAUUCCUCCUCUACCACAGCAAUUUGCUGAAUAACCAUUAAAGAAUGAUAUCCAGUUAAAGUUAAUGCCAUGUGAGGUUUUUAUUUGGAAUUUUUAUUUAUUACAUAACACUUUAAUCUGCUUCUUAUUAGAUUUAGAUUAUCUGUUCCGCUUGACGCUUGAACUGGAUUCUGCUUGAAAUCCACUUGCAUUCUGAUUUAACAAAUAAAGUUGUCACAUUCAGCUCCAA